AUGCUGCUGCCGCUCCUCUUUCUGCUCUUUUCCCCGCAGGGAUGUAGUGCGCGCUAUGAUCCUACCUGGGAGUCUCUGGAUUCCAGACCACUUCCGACCUGGUUUGAUGAAGUCAAGUUUGGCAUCUUCAUCCACUGGGGCGUGUUCUCCGUGCCCAGCUUCGGCAGUGAGUGGUUCUGGUGGUACUGGCAGAAGGAAAAGAGACAGCCCUAUGUAAAAUUUAUGGAAACAAAUUAUCCUCCUGGCUUCAGUUAUGAAGAUUUUGGCCCUUUGUUUACAGCUGAGUUUUUUGAUGCCAACCAGUGGGCAGAUAUUCUGAAGGCUUCUGGUGCAAAAUAUGUUGUCUUGACAUCAAAACAUCAUGAAGGUUUUACUUUGUGGGGGUCCAAAUACUCUUGGAAUUGGAAUGCUGUCACUGUAGGACCAAAACGGGACAUUGUGGCUGAACUAGCAACAUCUAUUAGAACCAGGACUGAUUUGCACUUUGGGCUGUAUCACUCUCUCUUUGAAUGGUUCAAUCCUCUCUUCCUUUAUGAUGCCUCCAAUGUAUUCAAGACAAGACAGUUUCCAACUGCCAAGUCAUUGCCUGAGCUCUAUGAGAUUGUGAUGAAAUACCAACCAGAGAUCCUCUGGUCUGAUGGGGAUGGUAACGCACCAGAUACUUACUGGAACAGCACUGGGUUUUUAGCCUGGCUGUAUAACGACAGCCCAGUUCGGGAUACAGUUGUAACAAAUGAUCGUUGGGGAGUUGGCAGCAUUUGUAAACAUGGUGGAUACUACACCUGCAGCGACCGCUAUAACCCAGGACACCUUUUGCCUCAUAAGUGGGAGAACUGUAUGACCAUAGACAAAUGGUCAUGGGGUUACAGGAGGAAUACGCAGCUAAGUGAUUACCUCACGAUUGAAGAACUGGUAAAGCAACUCGUAGAAACAGUAUCAUGUGGGGGAAAUCUCCUGAUGAACAUUGGGCCCACCCAUGAUGGUCGCAUUGAUGUUAUAUUCCAAGAACGCCUAAGGCAGAUGGGUGACUGGCUGAGAGUCAAUGGAGAAGCCAUUUACGGAACUAAACCAUGGAGAACUCAGAAUGACACUGUCACACCAGGAGUGUGGUACACGUUCAAACCUAAAGAAGAGACAGUCUAUGCCAUUUUCCUUAAUUGGCCAAUCUCAGGGACUCUGGUACUUGGUGACCCAAAAACCAUCAUUGGAGAGACACAAGUGAAGCUGAUUGGACAUAAAGGACAACUGAAAUGGGUUUCACUGGGAGAAAAGGGAAUGACAGUGGCUGUACCUCAGCUAACCCCUAAUCAGUUACCCUGUCAGUGGGGCUGGACUCUGCAACUGACUAAUGUAAAGUGA